CUGCCGCUUGACAGACAUGUAAGUCAACUUUCUCAUUCGACGCCUGCCCGAUAUCAAUAUCAACACAAACUCAUCCGAACAAUCAUCUUCUAUCAACGUAUUGUAUCGAAGAUUGACUGCUUUCGCUUUACAUAAAUUCUUUCUCUUUUCUUUUGAAAAAAAGGCCCAAAAAAGAAAAGAAAAAGAAACAAAGUAAACAUACUUCGAAAUAGCGAUAUGGCCCCGAUGCUAUGCAAUUUCGUGGAAAACAUGAUAAAGGCAGAGGAGGUCGUCAUCAAUCUAGGAUGACCCCCAGGUUUACUUAUUGUAAUAAUCUAACCUCGCUUAGGGCUUCCCGCUACAAUGGAUCGCGGUACGAUGGCGAUUCACGUCGUUCAAGAUCGAGAGAUCGCUCGCCGGAUCGGAGAUCAUUGUAUAGCGACGGCGGACCGCGGCGUUCCUCUGCCGAAUCCCGAGUGAACACUUCCGCGUUCCAGACCAACCGGGACAGCUUUCGCGAUGCACCUCUCUCAAGAGAUCCGCCUAGGGGGCCCAAAGCCUUACUCGAUGCGCCUAGUGGACCUCGUGGAGGAUACUCUGGAGAUUUCCGCGGUCGGGGUCGUGGAAGAGGCAGAGGUUGGCGAGAUGAUAGCCGGGAUCGAGGGAGAGACAGAGAUAUCGACUUCCGAGAUCGGAGAGACAAUUCAUACCGCGAUGAACGUAGUCGAGAACGCGACCGCGGAGAUUGGCGUGACCGUGAUCGAGACAGCUUUAGAGGACGGCGACCGUCACCCCGUGGACGAUCACCCCCUGGUAGGGAUUUCCGGGAUUCGAGAGACUUAAGGGAUCCUCCCCUAGGUGUUGAUGCAGAGCGAGCUCGGCGUGGAUCAAGGGACGGCCCACUUUCCGCAGGAUCGUCUUCAUCCGAUCCUCCUUUCGGACCUUCGUCCUAUCGUGGUGGAUAUAGUAGUCGAGGCCGAGGUAGAGGCCGUGGCGAUUGGGAUAGAGGUCGUGGACGAGGUUUUUACGACGAUCGUGAUAGAUAUGGUUCGGCUUUUAGGUCGCGUUCUCAAGAGGGACGAUACAGGGAUCGAGACGACCGCGACCGUGAUAAUAGAUAUCUCGAUCCCGACUUGCGUCCACGCGACCACCGAGACGAUCGAGAUGUACGUGACCGCGAUGUACGGCCUAAACUCGAGAGAGCAUCACAUGAGCCGCCCCCACUACUGCCGAAAGAUGUUUCACCACCUCCAGUCGCUCCAGCCGCGCCAUCCUUUGGAUCCGUACCUAAUAGAACUACGUCAACGACGGAGGUCAGUCCGGCUACGGGCAAGGCGCCUCCAACGGGACCGAGGGCCCUUAAGGAAGAGCGACCUCCAGUACCAGGCCCUCCGCCUAGUACAGAUUCAAGACUGCCGCCUAUCGGUCCAUCUAGAUCGUCCUUCCUGGAAAUGAGUCCAGCUGCUAUUCCUUCUGGCCCGCGCUCUCAGACACGACCUGGACCCUCAAGCAAGCAAUGGAUCAAUCCCAAUAUUAAGAAUCGCGUUCCUGAGUCACCGAAACUUAGCAGGUCCCAGAGCUUAGCCCAACCACGGCCCGCUGGGUUUCGUCCUGACGGAACGCACUCAGAUCAGCCGGUGGAUAAUGACCAACGACCGCCCAGCAGUGAUGCGAAGGCAGAUACACAUAUGAGUUUUGUAGAGAAACAUACUCAUGAUUCUCGCCCCAUCAGUUCAGCUGGGGAGUUUGCCAAGCAUGAUCAACCUCCGCUGUCUGAUAAGCUAUCUCGGGAUCGGGAACAUCAGCCUCACGACAGACCCGGUAGCAAAGGUAAGAGUGAAGACGGCGAAAUAGACGAGUCCGGUAAUUUAGUCGAAGAAACCCCCGUUGUCGAAUCGAGGCCUUUACCGGUCGCAGAUACGGCUGCGGCAAAGCCAAAACCUGAAAGAAAACCUAUUCUCAAGGUUCCAUCGAAACAUGCUUCUCAACCUCGGAAGGAAGUAAAGCUGCCCAUUCUGGACCAGUCGUCGGAGUCAGAUGAUGAGGAGUUUGGCGAUGUCAUUGAAUCGCAAAUGGCCGAAGUGGAGGCAAAGUUGAAGCGACUUGAAGGAAUUGAGGAAGCUGUGCCGAUGGAUGCGAUAGUGCGGCAUGUAAUUGUAUCUUUCGAAGUUAUCACGAAAAUUCUGAAUGAGCCUGAAAGUUUGGGGGAGAUGGUUGGCCAAGUCCCAGACGAUAUUCCCCCACCUGGUAAUGCAUCUGCAGAACCAGAACCGCAAGUCGAGAAGAUCAAGGAGCUUACUGACACUAAAGAGACUGUAAAAGAGAAGACCCCUCAGCCGGUAGUUGAAGAGCCAUCCCCAGUGGUUCCAGCUUCAAGUGCAGAGCUUCCUCAGCCAUCUAUCGAGCACGAUAUCGAUGUACCCGCGGUUCAGGAAACGGUCGCUGAAGAACAUAAGCCCGGCAAUGAUGAUGGAGAUGUACUUAUGGAAGAUGUCUUAGACGUUGCCCAACCCGAUUCCGAAUUACAAACUCCGCUCCGAACUCAGCUGUCAGUCUCUCACAAGCCAUCCGCGGAACCACCGUUUGAGGAGGCCCAGAUUCAAUCGCAAGAAAUCAGCAAAAUGGGCUCAAACACACCAUCUCCAGCGGAGGACGAGGAUGAAACGGAUAUAGAGGACGUGGACCUUCAGACAAUCGAAAUCGUCCGAGAACAUAUGGCAACUCCUCCAAUUGACAGUCUCCCUUAUUUUGAUGAGAAGCCAUGGUUUCAGGACGCAGCUUUUCUUAAGUCGAUGGACGCUCAGAAUGCAAGCCUCAGUGCGUUCAUAUUGGACAGGCUACAUGACGAAGCACAACAUCGAUUGACAGAAGAGUUGCGGGUGAAGUCGAUCUAUGACAGGAAUUAUGAUCACUAUUUACGGUUCACUAUGUCUAAUGACCCUGUAGCUGUCAAAAGCCGAGAAAAAUUUACUUGCAUCGCUGGAUUCGAGAGCACCGUGCACAAGCCUGGUUUCCACGAGUCGAAGCCCGAAGGGACGAGGCGGAGCAGGUAUGCGUCGGAACGUGACUUGGAACGGAUCUUGGAAGAGUCCCGACGCGUGGAGGAUGAGAAAAGAGAGCGGCAAAUGCAGGCAGAAAGAGAAAGGUACAGGACUGAGAAGGAGGCAGUGCUACCUCGUCAGUAUCAAGCUCCCGAGGAGCGAGAGAACGAUUUCUAUCAGGACGUUACCGGACACAUUCAGCCCGAGAAGAUCGUCGCAGCCUGGGAGCUUUUACCUCCCGUGGAUAAUUUUACUGAAGAAGAAACGGCCACUUUCGAAAAAGCGUACCUCGAGUUUCCUAAGCAGUGGGGUCGUGUUUCUGACCCAUUGGCGAAUAGAGAUUUUGGAACUAGCAUUCAAUUCUAUUAUCUUAAGAAAGAGAAAAACGAACUUAACCUUAAGGAGAAGUUGAAGAAGCGUCCGAGGCAACGGAAGAAGGGCGGACGCGGCAAACAGCGGUCUAGUGCACUGGUCUCCGAACUUGGUAAUGGAGAUAACGAGAACGAGGAAAACCAGGAGACGGGAGAAAAUGGCGAGCGGCGCCGACCUAGGCGUGCGGCUGCUCCUACUUUUAACUCGGAGGCUACACCAGCCACGGAUGGCGAAGGAACACCAUCCGGUACUCCUGGACGUAGGGGGGCUGGCUCCAAGGGAGAUGGAGGCUCCGAAAAGCCAGAACGCAAGCCUAGAGGGCGCCGGGCUGCUAAGGACAGAGAAGCGAAACAACCCCGGGUUAACCAGACACUUGCUGCAGCUCCGCCUGCGGGGAUUAAAGGUAACCGCUCGCGAUCUAGCUCUCGGGUUCAUGGUUCGGAGUGGACCUCUCAACAGGUGCCAAACGAAGCGGGUAGAGUUCCAACUCAAUACGAACUGGCACCAAGCACCUCGGCCGUUCAACAAGUCGCCAUUCCCGCACCAUUCCAGCACGCACAACCAAUACUCAGCCCCGAAAGAGGCAUUCAACAACAGCCACAACAGCCACCACCACCGGUUCCAAUGCCCAUGGACGCGAUGGGACCCCCGCCGUUGCGCCCCGAGCCGCCACAACAACCUUCGGUUGCUAUGCUUGAUCUUGGUACUCCUACAGUAUCUGAUCGCAGGUCUGGCACACAAGCAUCUAGUUACUGGAGUGUACCCGAGGCGAAUGAUUUCCCUCAGUUGCUUCGUUCUUUCGGAAGCGAUUGGGCAGCUAUUGCCACGCAUAUGCGGACUAAAACUCCGGUCAUGGUUAAAAACUUUUAUACCCGGAAGAAGGACACCAACGACUGGCAAGAUAUUGUUAAGGAGGCAGACGCCAAAAAAUUGCGAGGAGAGAAGAGACCUGCGCCCCCAGCACCAAGCUCCGGUGUUAAGAAACGCUAUGAAACGUCUAGCAAUCGACCACUCGCGGCGGCAGAUGCUGUGAUGGAAGAUAGUCCUGGCGCAAAAGUCGAACACUCUCAACCUUCACAGCCGACAACAGGUCGCUUCAACGUUCCCAUUGCAGCACAACCGCAGCCCACGCUCUUACAGGCAUCGUUUGUGCCGUCUCAGCCUUCAAUGGCUCAAAGCCACGGCGCUACCCCGCCUGGAUCGCAGCCUCUAGCCCAGCCAGCUACGCAGACAAUGUCUCCCCGUCCUAUGAGGGCACCUUUCUCGUUCGGUGAAAGAGAGCGGGAACAGCCCGCUCAGCAGAAUCAGCGCGUCCCAUUGAUUCAGAAGACCACUCAACAAGGACCACCAGCGGCGCCCGAGCCCCCCAUGGGAAGACACCCCUUGCCUACGUCCCUUAUCGAGCCUCAGUCGGAACGACCCAAGGUUGAGCCCAAGAUUCCGAAGGAGCAGCUGCGUCACCAAGAUCGUCAGCACCUGCGCGUGAAACAGGAACCAGAUCUCAUCCACCAAUAUGACCCAUAUGCUUCCCAGGCCCACCAGAGUAUCCGAAUGGCAACAUCUCGUCCAGACAACACGCCAAUGUCCCGUCCUCCUGAUCCUCCUCGCGCCGUAGCACCAGCUCCGGCACCAGCUCCGCAGGCGCCUUUCGCCACCAUUCUUCAGCAUCACAGCAGAGCAUUAUCGGGCGAAGGUAUCCCAUCCCCACGUGUACGUGCUAUGUCGAACCUAUCACGGCCGACAUCUGGAGCUAGCAGCGGAACGGAGCCGUUCAGCGCCCCGCCAACACAACCAACGCCACCAGCGAUCGGCUCUGCGCCGACCCGCCCCCCGGAGCGUAAGACAUCUAGUUUGAUGGCACUUCUAAAUGAUGACCCACCUCCGCCUCCGCCCAAGCGGGUGGCCGAGGUGCCUACUGCUGCGAAGCCAUCCUCAACGCCCCCACCUCAAUCCAGUCUAUCGCGUCCCCCUCCGCCGCCGCCGCCGCCGUCUCAUGUUCGGAGAGAAUCAGAGCAGAGUUAUGGGUAUGGUCGGAACCCGCCACCAGCGCCAUCUUCAAUGCCCCCUUUGAAACCUUACGCAUCUGCGUCACCUCAAGCCCAGUCUUUGAAUGCUCCCCGGCAUAUGCCUUUAGAUGUAGCAGCAGAGCGAGAGUAUUACGGUGGCCGGCCGCGAUCUUUCCCUUCUACACACCAACCGCAAGUAGUAAAUUCGCCGCAGAGUGCCCAUCACUAUCCACCUCCAAGUCAGCAGGCUCAAAUGCAAUAUCAACAAUCACAACCAUCAUAUCAGUAUGGCGCGCAGGUUCAGCCGCCCAAUGUGACAUCUCCUCCACCUCAAUACGGAGGGCAUCCCGUUCCCAGAGGCCACGAGUCUCAGUCUAGCCGAGAUAUGGGUUGGCCAGGUCCACAUCAGGGCCAUCCGUUACAACAACAGCAACAGCAGCAACAGCAACAACCACCACCACAACCACAACCUACUUGGUCAUCACACCCUCCACAGCUUCCGAAGUCUACGCAGCCUCCGCCAGCUCAGUCAGCAUGGGCUGCACAACAUGCCCCUACACCGAAACCGCCUCCACCUAGCAGUUCGGUGCCACCGCAGCCCUCUUGGGCAUCUGCUCCGAGAGGCCAUGAUCCCAUGGCUUUGCGCGAUGUUCGAGACGUAUACCAACCCCAUCGGAUGCAACCGCCUCUACCACAGUAUGCACCUACUUCACGGGCGCCUGAGCCGCCACCUCCGCAACCGCCGGCAGCGUAUCCUCGAUAUGCAAAUACGCCGGUUCCCGGGCGAGAUCCUCGCGAUCCUGGCCCACCUAGGAGCUAUACGCCAGUGAGUGCUUAUGAUAGAGGUUACCAGCCUCACUCUGCCCAGGAGAUCCGAGAGGCACAGCUACGUGACCAGCAACAACAGGCGAUGCUGCAACACCAAUUAAGACCUCAGGACAGACACAAUCUAUAUGAACGUCCACCGCCAGCACCCGAUAGGUAUGGGAGGUAGGAGCACUCAUAUCAUCGAGAGCCGGCAUCAUUAUCCAACCGCGAAGAUACGGAUGCGCGAUGGAUUGAACUCGAGCAAGAAGGGCUUAUGAACUUACGGCUGACAGACAAUGCUGAUCUAAACAAGAGACCCUAGUGUCUCUCAGCUCUCCCUCUUUUUUUUUUCUCUUUUUUUUUGACGAAAUUGAAUUAUAAGGUUAAGGUUUCGACUGUGCGGGCGUGUCAGUAUUUGUUGUUUCGACAAGGAAUUAAGAGAGACACAGACCAAUUC